AUGGGGGACGGCGCGCACGGCGGGGGCGGGCGGGCGCGGGACGCGGGCCGGGGAGGGGGCCGCGGCGGGGGCUCUCGGCCGGCCGGGGGGCUGGCGCUCGGCGGCCCCCACCCCCGGCGCGGGCUGCGGCGGAGGGCGGGGCGCGGCGCGGGGAGCGGAGCCGAGAGCGGGAGCGCGGGGAGGCUCUUUGUUCUAUCUCCACUCCCCACGCGCGCGCCGCCCUGGCGCGCGCCGCCCCAGCGCCCGCCGCCAGGGGGGCCUGCGGGAGGGGCGUCCGCGGCCUCGGCGCCCCCUGGCUGCCCAGCGAGGCCCCUCCAUCGCCGCAGCGCUGGCCAGGGCGGAUUAGGAAACUGGGGCGCAGGGACCUGGUCUCAGGGUCAAGGUCAUUCAGCGGGCACAGGGAGGAUCCUAGGAGGAGAGUCCAGGGCCUGGAGCGACCGUAGGCCCGGCGCGUCGUCUGGGGAUACUGAAGUCAGCGCAGCUGGUCACUCCAGCCUUGUCCAGGUUAUCUUCCGGUGGCUUGGCCCAGAUCUCAUCCUUCCGGCCUGCACCCACCCCACAGAGACCCUGAGGAGCUCUGAGCACAUGGCCUUGUUGAAAUUUCACAUUCGAUGUCCCCAGCUGCAAAACGGGGAUAAGAAUAGUGCCACUCUCAAGAGACGACUGGGAGAUGACAGAAGGCAUGUGAAAGUGGUCACAUGGCCCCCACCUGGCGACUCGGGAACUGCUCUGCGAGAGGUAACUUGUGGUAGUGAUGCUGUAUUUACUGCUGGUCACCCACGCGAGGCGCCCCUCACCUGCCCGUCCCUCCUCAGCCCCGACUGAGCCAUAGACGCGGGGUCCUCGUCGACAUUCUGACCGCCAGGCUCCGUACCAAGCCUGAGUAAACCUACCUGCGCCUA